AUGAAGAUAAAUUUGCUUAUUUCCCUUCUCUUUAAUCUGGUAUACGUAGCAAGAGGAAAUAGCAAGCCAAACAUUCUGUUCAUAUUUGCUGAUGACUAUGGCUUCAACGAUGUUGGCUACCAUGGUUCCGAAAUAAAAACACCAGUCUUGGACAAACUAGCAAAUGAAGGUGUUAUCCUCGAGAAAUAUUAUGUCCAACCAAUAUGUACUCCAACAAGAUCAACAAUGCUUACUGGUAGAUAUCAAAUUCAUACAGGUUUGCAACAUGGCGUUUUACGCCCUGCGCAACCAAAUUCCUUACCUCUUGACGAAACUACAAUCGCAGACAAAUUAAGUGAAAGCGGUUACAAAACUCACAUGGUUGGGAAAUGGCACAAUGGAUAUUAUAAAAAGGAGUGCAUGCCAACCUACAGAGGAUUUGACUCAUAUUUUGGAUAUCUCAACGGAGCUGAGGAUUAUUACACACAUGUGCUAAGCGGUGGUUUCCCAGAUUUAUUACCGUUUAGUUUAUGGAGCGGUUAUGAUCUGCGCAGAAAUGAAACUGUAAGUACAAAAGAAAAAGGAGAGUAUUCGACAUUUUUAUUUGCAAAAGAAGCUCAGAACGUUAUCACGAAUCAUGAUUCCAGUUCCCCAUUGUUUUUAUAUCUAGCAUUUCAAGCAGUACAUGCGCCCUUGCAAGUGCCCCAACAAUAUAUCCAGCAGUAUGAGGGAGUGAUAAAAGAUAAGAAUAGACGUACUUAUGCCGGCAUGGUGUCUGCUAUGGACGAAGCCAUAGGAAAUGUGACUAAAACACUGCAAGAAAAAGGACUUUGGAAUAACACUGUAUUGAUAUUUAGCACUGAUAAUGGUGGUCAGGUGUAUGACGGGGGAAAUAACUGGCCAUUGAGGGGUUGGAAAGGAUCAUUGUGGGAAGGUGGUGUACGUGGUGUAGGAUUUGUCAACAGUCCUUUGUUAACAAAGCCAAGAAGAGUUUCGCAUGAAAUGAUCCAUGUUUCUGAUUGGUUCCCGACUCUGGUGAAGUUAGCUGGUGGUGAUUUGAAUGGUACAAAACCUUUAGAUGGUUUUAAUGUUUGGGAAACAAUAAACACAGAUGAACCAUCUCCUAGAACUGAACUAUUGCACAACAUCGAUCCAGUAAAGACACCAUGGUAUUGUAAACGUGCGAGUCAUGGUUAUCAAUGGUGUCCACAGGCUGCAUUACGUGUUGGGGACUGGAAACUACUCACAGGAUGUCCAGGAGAUUCACGUUGGAUUCCACCUCCGAACUCAAGUCUCAACUUGAAUGAAGAAAAUUAUUUGAACAAUGACAACAAAAAGUUGUUUUUGUUUAAUAUUGCCCAGGAUCCUGAAGAACGACAUGAACUAUCUUCUCAAUAUCCAGAGAAAGUGAAGGAAUUAUUGUUGAGACUUGAAGAAUACAAUAGUACUGCAGUGCCUGUACGAUACCCUAACCCUGAUCUUGCUGCUAAUCCCGCACUGCAUCAUGGGGUAUGGUCACCAUGGGUCAUCUCAGAACAUGCAGACAUUACUGCAUAGUAAUUAUACAUGUAUGGUUGUAAUGUACUGCAUAGUAAUUAUACAUGCAUGGUUGCAAUGUACUGCAUAGUAAUUAUACAUGCAUGGUUGCAAUGUACUGCAUAGUAAUUAUACAUGUAUGGUUGCAAUAAAUAAAGUGGACUUAAGAUCGAUUUGAACUUGCUAUUUUAGGCGGGCAUUUAGAGACCGAUUAAAGUGUUUUAUGUGAUUUAAAUAAUAUUACAAUUAUGAAAACUAUUAUGUACUAUUUAAAACACGAGUAGGAGCGUUUUAUCAGAUGUAAAACGCGAGGCACAGCCGAGCGUUUUAUGUCUGAUAAAACACGACAACGAGUGUUUUGAAUAGUUAUAUCUCAACUACUCAAGCAACCAUUUAAUUGUCAUUAAAAUACUCAUUAAUAAUUCAUAAACCUUGUGGUAAAUCAUGUCAACCAUAAUAUGUCACGUGGAGUGACUUUAUACCUGAUAAAGCAUGUGGCAUUAUAUAAGGUCCUAUUACCUAUCCCAAAAUUAAAAUAUAUCUGGAAUAAAUCACGUAAAAAUAAAAUUAAACAAAUGUGAGAAAGUAACGAAAUAUGAAAUGAAAAUAACGCCAUAAAAUGAAAAUAACGAAGUAAAACGUUACUUCUUAAAACGACUUCGUUCCAAGUAAAAGUACUCCAGAAAAAGUUUACUUUGUUACAUGCUCACUUCUCAAAAAUAGUACUCAAGUACAGUAACGAAGUACAUUUACUUCGUUACUUGACAUCACUGAUUUUAAGCUACGUCGUAUAAAUAUGCAUGCUAUAUCAUUAUAGAAACAGCGGUCAGAAUGAAUAAAAUAGUAAUAGAAAUUUAUUUAAUAUGUAUUAUACAGGAUGUGGUUGCUCAGUUCACCCGAGACUCAUGAUAAACGUACUCGACAACGAAGGCCUAAGGGUUAGUUUUUGACGAGAAAGCAAAACGGGAGGACCCAGAGAAAACCCCUCGAAGGGGAAGGGAGCAACCUAAACUAUACGUACAAACGUUUUCAAGCACACCCUCAACCUAUAGUAGCAGGGGUAAGGGGUAUGACCCAUGCUCUUCCACUAAAAUAGAAAAAAAUAAAAAAAUAUUAUAAUUUAGUAAUCUGCACAGCAAUAAUAAAAUCUUUGAAUAUAUGUAUAUAUUUGUUGAAAUGAAAUGCGCACAAACAUUACCACUACAUAGAAGGUUAUACUUUCCUGCUCAGUCAUAGACUUACGGUUGAGAACAAAAAACCUGGCCAUCACCCGCAGAGGCGAAUGGGAAACUGUCUAUGGAAAAUUUAACUUUUCAUUAUUGCAUAAUACUGUAUAAUUAUCGUAUAACAAGACAGUCUCGCGGGAUUCACGCGUGACGUGAAACACAUGUUUUUGAGAGAGUAUAGUGUUUGGAUUUGAGAAUAGAACUUGAAAUAUUUAGUACAACUUUUAUUUUAUGUAAAUUUGUUUGUUGUUAUUAUUAUUAUAUUAUUCUACUUCUUAACGAGUGAAGAUCUUAUUUUACAACACGGUCCUUUAGAACAGGACAUCGUGCUUACGUGAGCAAAAUUACUGCCAACAAAAUUUUCGAUCAUUUUAGCGGAUCUACGAGUGAAAGAGAAAAGCUAGAAAGUUUCAAGGUUACUUUCAAAUAUAAGAAAGACGUUCUUAAGAGUAUUGACGAAACUAUAUUGGAGUUAACGAAAUAUGAAGACAUCAAUAAAGAGAUAAUCGAAGCUAUACAAGGGCGGAUCAAAAAGUUCUGGCACUUGUCCGAUAUUGCUUAUAAUUCACACACAACGUUCCAAAUUACAGUAACAUUCGCUCAAAGUAGCUUCCUUCGACUUCUAUACAUUGUUACAUCCUCAUUCUGGAUUUCUGAAAGCAUUGGCGAUAUUCUUAAACAAGUAUGUCCUUCAUCGCUACAUGGACGGCUUUAUCACUGUCUUGGAUCCUUGAAAACGACCUUCCAGCAAUGAUAGAUUUUAUUUUUGGAAAGAGCCAGAAAUCGCAAUUAAGGAGCUAGGUUUGGUGAGUAUGGUGGAUGUUCUAUCAAAUGGAUAUCAUUCUCAUCAAGAUAAGUCUGUCUAAGGCGUGUUUUGUGAGGAGAUGCAUUGACAUGAUGCAAUUGAUUUUGCGCCAGACUGUCGUCCUUUGUUCCCUCUGCUCUGCUUAUCCCAAGUUCCAAGGCGAGAAAUCUCAGUGUUAUAGCUGGGUCUUCUGCAAUUAACCCAUCUGCUCUUUUCACUCAACGGUCGAUCACACCGUCGUUGGUCUCCCAGCAAGUAAUUCAUCUUCAACACUCUCUCUGCUAUCAGUAAAAUACUGAAUCCGUCUUGCAAUCGUUCGAAAAGAAAGUGCAUGGUCGCACUAAACCUUCACUAAAGGAAUACCGAAUGGUUCUCCGUGCAGGAUUGCGUGAUUCAUGCACAAGGGAUGUCGCGAGACUUUCAAAAAGCAUAAAACUACUCGAGCCGUAGGCGAGUGUAUUUUUACGCUUUCUAAAAGUCGAGCAACAUCCCAAGUGCAUAGAUCACGCUAUCCUGCUUGGAAAACCAUUUGGUAAUUGUUUUAUAAAAUAACUACAGUGAAACAAUGACAUUUUGAGAAUCCCGCGAUAAUCCCGCGAAGGGAUUUUAAUUCCUUGUGCAGGAUAGCCUGAUCCUGCACGGCUAUUGACCAAUCAAAUUGCAUGUUUCACUGUAGUUAUUAUAUAAAAGCUUUUCAUAGAUAGGUCUGGCUCGAAUACCAAGUUCAUAUCGAGUGUAAAUUAGAAUCUUAUGUGCUCCUUUGUGGGCUCCAUAUCACAGCCAAAUAAGAAUCUGAAUAAAGCGAUCUGCCAAAUUCUAUCAUAGAAGCAUUAUAUAAGCACCAAAUUUGCACAACAACUGUGAUAAAAAUACUGGCCACACAUUAACAUAACAAAAUAGAACCAUAAAUGCUUUGGGACUUCAUUGCAGCCUCUGGUGACAGAACGUUUUGAUCCGCCCUUGUAGUGAUAUCGGUGAGACGAUUAAUCGAGUAUGUGUUAAGACAAAUAAUGCUUCGAACCCUGUAAACAAAAAAAUGCAGCAAGUCUGUCUUCUGGUAAUACUGAGUCUGCGACAAUCAGCAGCUCUGCAUCAAACCAUAGACAAUCCAAUGUCUUCUGGAUUGUCUAUGAUCAAACCCUACAAGGCGAAAUUACCAAAGCUGACAUUGAGGAAAUUCUCUGGAGACCUCAAAUCCUGGCAGUCUUUUUUGCGUGGGACAGUUUCGAAGCUGCAGUACACAAUAAUAGCGGUUCAAUUACCUGAAGAGUUUGGUUGAAGGCAAUGCCGCCUCAGCUAUUGACGGUUUCGCACUAACCGCCGAUAACUAUGAAUCAGCAGUUAAAUUGCUCAAAGACAGAUUCGCUGACCCCCAGAUUAUUAUAUCUAGUCAUAGGGAGGAGUUAUUGAACUCACCAGCUGUUAGUGACAUACAUAAGGUAUUUUGAAAUUAGAGGAGGGCGCUAUAGAGGGAAACUGCCCUAUUCAUCAUCAACAUUGUUCUCGGGGAAAGGUCCGUCAUCUGUGCCAUGCUGUAGUUAUUGUUCGAAGCAGCAUAAGGAAAAAAGGAAAUGUUUCUUAGGCCUAAGAUCUGGUCAUAUUAUAAAACAUCGUGACUCUCAGUAUAAAUGCCAAAAGUGUGGUGGGCAUCAUCAUGUAUCAAUCUGUGAGAAGAAUGCCAAUAAACCCCCUGCCCCGGGAGGCAAGGUAGAGCAACAAUGGGACCCUGUGAGACAACAGCAAGUUAAUCAACCCAGUACUAAAUCAGAAACAGCACAGAAAACACAAACUGAAACAUCUAGUCUGUAUGUUGAGAGUAAUACAGCAGUUCUUCUACAGACAGCUCAGAGCUUAGUGGGCAAAGUUGAAAGUGAAUUGGUUGGAAAGCAUAAUGCUCGAAUUGUGUUUGACUCAUGUAGUCAGCGAUCCUACAUAUCAAAUAGAUUGAGAAACAUCCUGAAUUUAGAGACGAUUGAGUCAGAAAACCUACUUAUUACGAAAUUUGGUGAUGAAGCUCCUGAAGUCCUCACAAGCAAGAGUUAAGUUCGCAGUAACAGAUACCAAAGGAAAUGAUAUUAUGAUGGGUGCAUACAGUGUGCCUACAAUCUGUAGUCCAAUUAGCAAUCAGUCAAUUAAAGUCGCACUUGAAGAAUACCCACAUCUUCGUGGUUUGAAUCUCGCAGAUACCCCAGGUAUGUCUGACGGUAGUGAUGUAGAAGUGGACAUAUUAAUAAGUGCAGAUUACUACUGGAAAUUCAUAACUGGCACAACAAAAUGUGGUGCAAAACCGGAUACUGUCCGGACCUGUGAUCCAAGAGAAUCAGAGAAACUCUAGCUGUACGACCACCAACGUACUCCGUAUUGAUGCAGAACCAGUUAUAACUACCCAAUUGCCAGUCUGCAUAGAAAAAUUAUAGGAUCUUGAAAAACUAAGAAUUCGAGACAACGAGCUUACCACUGAGUCUAAGUUUAUGGAAGAAAUAAACUUCAAUGGAAAACAGUUUGAAAUUAAACUGCCCUUUCGAGAAGAACACCUAGUACUACUACCUGACAAUCAUACUGGCUCUGUGAAACGGUUCAGUUCCUUGAUACCCCGACUGAAGGCUAACCCCAAACUUCUACAGAAGUAAGAGUCUGGUAUUGUGGAAUCUGCUUCCUGGAACAACAAGUGUCUACAUACUAGACCAUCCUUCAACACCCUGAUUUUUGAUAUUCUGGUUCGAUUCCGCGUAUAAAAGGAGCGAUGCGUUCCUGAAUAUUGAUCCAACCUUUGUUUCCAAGGUGAUAAAAUCCCUCUACGUGGAUGAUCUUGCAUCUGGUUCAAAUAAUCCAGAAUCGGCCUUAGAAUUGGAGAAGAAGAUUAAAACCCGAUUGUCCGAAGGCAGUUUCAAUAUGCGCAAAUGAUUGAGUAACAGCAAAGAAUUAAUGACGGAGUUUCAAAAUGAUCCACAAUUUUCAGAAAGUCCUCAACAACUGUCUAUUUACCGAGUUCAGUAACGGAGAAAGAUCAAGGAUAUUCAAAGUCAAUCUCAGCAACUCGACAACCACCCUCGUUGUCUUAG